AUGCAAAAAAUUAUUGCUGUUGAACUGAAGGAGAAAGAAAGUUCUCAUUCCAGAGGACCUCAUUCUCAUGAAGCUCAUCACAUCAAACCCUCGACAAAAAUCCAAAAAAAUAAUGAAAAACCAGACUCCCAUAAAAAAAUUGAAACUAUCCACAAAAAGCUUGAAUCGAAUGAUAAGCAUAAUGCUUCUUCAAACCACGAAACCCCCGUUGAAACCCCUAUUGUGAAUGUUGGUCCAACCUUGAACCCUACCUUUGACUCUUCACCAGAUGGUGGUGAUGUGGAAAUUGACGCAACACCAUCACGUGACAUGGAUGUUCUCAUGCCGGAUGCAAAUCCAUUUGGUGAUAAUUCUGAAGCCUGGGAAUACAUCUUAAAACUUAAGGAUGUAUUUCUGGUUGAAUUGUCUAUUGUUAAAGAAGACUUGAGUAUUACAAUUGAAGAUUGGGAAAUAAAAUUUCAAAAUCUUGAACUUAAAAACAAUGAGUUAGCUAAACAACUCAUUGCUUUGACCGAAAAGCUUAAAGCUUCAGAAGGACAAGUGAAUUCUCUUCGCUCAGAACUUGAUGUUUUGAGAAACAAUCAGGUUCACACAGAAGUUAAACAUGUAAUGUUUGAAAAACUUAAAAAGGAAGUUAAGGAUAAUAAGGAUCAUUGCGAUAAAGUGAAACAUAAAGCUGAUGAAAUAGCUAAGAUGACUCUUCAAGAUUUGUCUCAAGAAAAAGCAAGAAACAAAAGAAUUAUCGACACUGAAAUCAAGGAAUUCAAAGAAAUGACCAACAAUCUUGAGAAAAGAGUUGAUAAUAUGGAAUACAAAGUUGGAACUAUUUCAACUAAGGCUGAUUUAACUACCAAAGAACUUAGCUACGCAAAAAGGAAAUCAAGAGUGCGACAUUAUGAAGGCUCAAAACAACACCGUGAAACUAAAGUUGAUGAAGACAAACCCACUUUUAGAGUGUGCAUAAGAAUUCCAGAUACCAUGAAAAGAGUUAAUAUCCCUGCGAUUGGAAAGAAAAUUGAUGCGGUUGCACAAAAGCCGGUGGCUCAGGAAAUAGGCUAUACUGUCAAAGGGCAUUUAUAUGUUCAACUUAAUGACAAAGAUUUUGCUGAUAAAGCUGCAGAAUGGAUCCCCAAAGUUGACCCUACUUAUUCAGUGCUUGACACAGAUUCUUGGUACAAGGCUGUACUUCAGGAAAUACCUAAUACGGCAUCGAUUGAAGACUUGAAAGAAACUCUCUACAAUUUUAAUGAUUACCAUAUUGUUUUGAAUACCGAACCCAAAAUCAUUAGCAGAAACCAAUUUACCCAAACAGCAUUGGUUUCAUUCAGAAAUGCCCAAGACUAUGCAAAGUGUGCUGAUAAUCUUAUUAUCCAGUACACAAAAGUUAAAGUUAGACCUUUUAUUAGCAGGAAAAAAAAAACUCCUGAAGAACUCCAAGCUAUGCAUAAAAAAGAACCUGAUAUCUUGUUAUUACAAGAACCUUACUUUAACAACUAUGGGCCCAUUAAACAUAAAGAUUGGAUCCCAAUCUUUACAGAAACUGGAAAAGAAAAAAAUAAAUGCAGAGCAAUUACUUACAUUAGGUCUAACUCUGACUUACGAGCAUUAACUACUAAAAUUGAAAAGUUUACAAAUCGAGAUAUGGUUACCAUUUUGGUUAAAGACAUUACAAUUGUCAAUGUCUAUAAUCAACCGAAACCACCCAAGAAAUACCCUGAGCCACCGGUUUUUGAGUUUCUCAAACGGGAGAUCAAGGAACAAUACUCAAAGAUUGUCAUUGCAGGUGAUUAUAACUUACAUCACAAGGAAUGGGAGUCAAGGGCAGGUCCGAAUACGGAAGCAGAUGAAGUUGUUGAGUGGCUACAUGAAAAUGAUAUGAUGUUAAUUACUCCAAGAAAUCAAAAAACAUACAACAAUAGAACCAAUAUUGAUUUGGUUUAUGGCUCAGUGGACUUACUUCAUAGAAUUUCAUUUAGUGGAGUGGAUGAAAAUACACUAAGUGAUCACUCAAUUGUGGAGUGGGACAUCUAUAUGUCUCAGAGUAAAAACAGGGAUGAAGUUUUACUUCGGUGA